AUGUCCUCUUUCUUUACUGUUCCCGGUGUUCAAAAGCGGAAACGUACUGCAGCUCCCGAAAACCCCAAAAAGCGACUUGCAACAAGCGGUUCCAGGCCGUCGAAAGCUCAAGCGUCCAAAUCAAGAGACAAGGCUAGCUCCGCAGCUCCGGCCAACAAAAGGGUUGAACGUGACGAAUCGAUAUCAGGUAGCGACUCCGAUUCCGACAAUGACCAGGGCCAGGAUCCAGAUGAUGUAGAGGCUGGUUCCGGCUCGGACGACGAUUCAGAGCGCGAAGGCGAGACUGCCGCCGAGCGUCGCCUGAGGCUUGCCGAGCGGUAUCUCGAAAACGUGAGGCAGGAAGUCGCUGCAGAGGAUGAAUAUGCAUUCGAUGCCGAGGAGAUCGAUAGGGACAUCAUCGCCGAGCGGCUCAAGGAGGACGUUGCGGAGUCAAAGGGGAAGGUAUACCGACAUGUGGCUCGCGAGCUCGACUACCCGAAAACAUACCAGACUGGGUUCCGGUGGAACCCUGAGAACGUCACUGGCGUGGCCACUUGCCCUCCUUACGCAUACCUAGUCACAAAAGACAUGUUCUUGAGCAAAUGGAAGCUCCAGGAUCUUCCCCAAUACCAGUGGCCGCAGACGACCAAAAAGAAGUCUAAGAAGCCCAACGCACCACCGAAACGACGACCGGAGAAAGUUGCCAGCCUUCGGGGUGAUAGCAGGAAAGCCAGUGAUAAGAGUUAUCACGGACACACGGGAGCGAUACUAGCUGUAGCGGCGUCUCAAGACGGCAAAUGGGUGGUGACAGCUGGCGCAGACAAGCGGAUAGUUGUCCACGACGCGGAGACACUUAAACCAGUCCGCGCCCUAACGCAUCAUCGAGACGCCGUGACGUGUUUGGCCUUUCAAAGGGGGACAAACCAACUCUACUCCGGUUCGCGAGACAGGACGGUCAAGGUGUGGAACAUUGACAACCUUGCGUACAUUGAGACGCUGUUCGGUCACCAGGAUCAUGUGGUUGAUAUUGACGCCCUGGCUCAAGAGCGUUGCGUCUCGGCAGGUGCACGAGACCGUACUGCACGAUUGUGGAAGGUCGUUGAGGAAUCACAGCUCGUGUUUCGCGGUGGCGGCGGGACUACACUGAACAAGAAGAACAACUGCCCGGAGGGUGUAGAUCCGAAGUCGCUCGCUCAUGAGGGCAACGUGGACCGAAUUGCCAUGCUAGAUGAUGAGCUAUUUGUUACUGGUAGCGACAACGGUUCUAUCUCGUUGUGGAGUUUGCAAAAGAAAAGACCUGUGUUUGUCCUUCCGCUAGCUCACGGCCUUGAACCUCCAUUGCCCCUGGAGGCUGCCUCAGCGGAUAAAUCGCCGGACCCCGAAGUUAUACCACCACCGCAACCGCGCUGGAUCACUGCAUUACGCACAAUUCCAUACUCGGACCUCAUCUUGAGUGGCAGCUGGGAUGGUUGCGUGCGGAUCUGGAGGUUAAGCGACGACAAGAAGAAACUUGAAGCUGCCGGCGUACUAGGACAACCCCUAGAUCCAAGCCAAGACACAAGUGCUUUCGACAAGGAAAAAAGCAAGGCAAAGGCCAUUACGAAGGGAGGCAACACUGCAACGAACGACAACAGCAGUCACAGCAAGUUCAUAAAAGGCAUCGUAAACGACAUAUCGGUCUUUGAACGAGGAGACCGCGGCAAGGACGGCAUCUGCAUUGUCGCCGCGGUUGGAAAGGAGCAUCGCCUUGGACGAUGGAAACGAAUCAAGGGUGGGCAGAAUGGCGCCUUUGUUUUUGAAGUUCCCAAGGUUGUGAAGGAAAAAGUAGCAGUAAAUGGCACAAGUCACUCAUCAGAUGAUGAUGAGUGA